AUGGUUGCGAAGUGCGUCAUUCUUUUCGCCCUCUUGGCUGCUGUCGGCGCUGAUUUCUCCAGCUUCUCAUAUGGAGUAGCAGACCCCUACACCGGUGACUUCAAGCACCAAUUCGAAACCCGCAACGGUGAGAGAGUUCAGGGCCAAUACGCCCUCUUGGACUCAGAUGGAACACAGAGGACCGUCGACUACGCAGCUGGUGCUGAAGGAUUCAACGCUCUUGUGAGGAAGGACCCAGCUGUUGUUGCACCCAUUGCCCGCGUAGCCCCCAUUGCCUCCAUUGCCCCUAUUUCUCCCCUUGGUCUCCGCUCUUAUGCUCCCUACGCCCCAUACGCCUACGCUCGGUACGGAGGUUACGGCUACCCUUCACCUUACUACUACUGA